AUGGAAAAUAGGAUAAAAUGGCUGGAGUCGAUUGUGCGAGAUAGGUGCGCCAAUGUCGACCUGACCAAUUGGCCGGAGAGACACUCGGAGGCACUGGAUGAGUCGACGAUAGAGGGUAACAAUCAUAGUGAUGCAUGUCCCCGAGAGGGGCAGGAUGAUCCACAGGACAUUACUCAAGCCACCCUGCCCACGCCGGAUCAAUCAAUCUUGCAGCCCGCCACCAUGGUGCAAGAGCCGAACCAGGCAGUCCUACCCACUCCAGAGCAUUCGACAUCCCAUUCUGCUCCAGUCCAGGAUGAGCCGCAUCAGGCCCACGAAAUUGGCCUGGUAUCACUUUCCCGUGGAGGUGAUCCACGCUACAUCGGCCCUUCCAGCGGCUACUUCUUUGCAAAACGCAUCUUCUCCAAUACUGGCUGGCGCGGAAAACAGGACUCAUCCUCCCUCGGCAGUGUCUCGCACCUUCCGGUCGAACUGCUGAACCCCCCAGCUCCGCUGCCACCACAGAAAGAAGUGGCUGUGGAACUCUCCACCACAUAUUUCCGGACAAUCCAUCUGUUUUACCCAUUCCUGCACGAGCAACGCCACAAGGAAUUGCUGGACGAGGUAUAUAGAGCGCCAGAGGGGAAUCCGAUCAGCACGUUCCGAGUGUAUAUGGUAUUGGCAAUCUCAUCUCUCAACCUGUCCCGUCAAUGCAAGCUACAUCUCCCGGUGGAAGGAUACUAUGCGUCUGCGAUGAAAUACGUGGACUACGUCUGUCACGAUGGGUCAAUGGCCGCACUACAGUGCUUAUUGCUGUUGAUGGUCUACGCGCUGUACAACCCAUCCUGCAAUGUAAACAUCUGGAACCUCAAUUACCAGUGUCUCGCGAGUGUGAUUGACUUAGGUCUGCAACGCGACGUCCGAGCUUCCCCGUCUUAUCAGAUCUCGCUAUUCACGCAAGAGAUGCGGACACGCGUGUUUUGGGUCGCAUACACCUUUGAUCGCACGGUUUGCACCAUGAUGGGUCGACCGAUCGGAUUGAGGGACGAAGCGUGCGAAAUCAGGUUUCCUCUCGAUAUCCCCGACAGUAACCUCAUGAACCGCACCGUCGACCAACCCACAUCUCUUGAAGCGCCAUCGCACAUGUCGUACUCAAUUCACCUUUUCAAACUGGCACGGCUAAACUCCGAGAUAAAAUACGUCAUGCACAGCAUCUGCCGUGACACCCCAGCCUAUGCGUACCCGCCUGUAAAAGACAUCUUCUCAUGGCAACGCGACAUGGUCAGAUCUCUGCAAGACUGGUACUCGGCGGUGCCACAACAUGCAAGAGACCCAGACACGGGAAUGACCCUGUACUGCCAUUCGAAGUACCACGAGACGAUGGUUCUUCUCCUCCGACCCAGUCCGGCCAUUCCUACACCCGCCAACGAAAUGCUAGACCUCUGCUCCCAGCACGCUUUUCUGCUGCUCCAAUCCUUCGGGGACUUGUAUGAAACAGGAAGACUCCUGUACAGCCGACUGGCAGUCCACGCCGUCUUCCUCGGGACCCUCGUCCUCCUCCACGGGAUCUGGAAGUUGCCCGAAACCGCGACAAGGUUCCGGAUCGACGAGCUGAUUCUCCGCUUCAACACUGCGCAGAGUAUUCUCAGCAGCAUCGGUGAACACUGGGCGGAGGCUGCCAGCGCCCGAGACUGUAUCGCUCAGCUGUCGAAUGUGACCGUGCAGCGGUUGCUCAAGAGCCAGACGAGCCAGUUCGAGACGUCGCCGGCUCGGCAGCGCCAUCGAGAUACUGGGCCUGUUGCUGCUGUCCAGCAGCUUGGCUAUUCCAGAGGUAAAAAUGCGCAGGGACCGAGUUCUGGCUCUAAUGAAGAAGAAGGUCCCGCGCUGCAAUGGCCGGCACCGCUACCAGCCUCCGCUCCGUCCCCGCCUUCUGAGUUUUUGAAUCUGUUCGAUGAUCUCUUGCGGUGUGACUUUCAGGGCAGGAGCGGUGUUUCCGAUCUUGAUGGGUUGAUCAGGGAGAUUUUCAGCAGCUCUCAUGCCGAUGCCGAGAAUUGA